AUGCCCACAACUCGGAGAUCAACAGGCGGCGCCCGAGCCCGACCCGGUCCGGCUCGGGGCCAGUCGACCAUCAGCUUCUCUCACAAGGUCUCGAAGCCGGUCCCGAAGGAUCUGAAGAAGGCGGCCGUCCUCGGCUCCGCUGUCGAGAGGGCCGAGCAGGCCAAGAAGGAGGAAGCUGUGCAGGUCGAUGAGAUCCAGGUUGACGAGCCCGAGACCAAGGAGGAAGAGGAAGUCAAGGAAGAGGUCCCCGAGAAGUCGGAGGCUGUCAUCCGCGCUGAGAAGAUUAGCGAUGCGCAGAUCAACAAGUACUGGAAGUCGAUCGAGGCUGAGCGCAUCGCGCCCCGGGUUCACCAGAAGGAUGUGACCUUGGCGGAGAAGGUGCUGCGGUACUUUGAUGUGAGCUCGCAGUAUGGUCCGUGUAUUGGUCUGCAGCGCAUGAAGCGUUGGGAGCGGGCCGACAGGCUUGGCUUGAACCCGCCUAUCGAGGUGCUCGCGGUCCUGCUCAAGGAGGAGAAGAAGGGCACUUCUAACAUUGAGCUGGCUCACAUGGAUGAGCUCAUGAACUCGACUGCAGUUGGAUCUGUGUGA